AUGUCAAACCUUCUUGGUAUGUAUGGUCAGAAUGAUGGAAAUGCCGUCCCUGAUCACGACUAUCCGUCCGAAGAAGGAUGGCCUGUCGGAUUUGUUCCAGUGCCUAUUCACACCGUUGAAAAUCACAUUGACUAUGUAAGCUUCAUGAUUACCGUACUCACAAGCUAUUCCAUCAAUUUACAAUCUCUUCUCAAAGGUUUUGAAUCCUGGUGCUGA